AUGGCCCUCACCCUUCCUCGAGGUCUGGGACCUGUAAGGUUGAUUGUGAUCUUCUGCAUCCUGCUCUCCGUCUUGGUAUUUCGUUCCCAUUACCUACCAUCGCCCCAUGCUGCCAAACAUGCUGCCAAAGCAUUUUCCUCAUCUUCGAGCAAUUGGCUUUCUGCCAUUCGAUCCCCUCAAAUGGACGACACUAGCGAUGUGGCUGCCGAUUACCACUACUCUACCAGAGCUUUUAGCAAAGGCAAAGGCCUAGGUGCUGAGAUUCAAAAGGUUGAGAAGACACUCAAGGAUAUUUCGAUGGACGCGGCCAUGGAGGAGUUUGAACGAUCUUUCUUCUCUCCAAUUUCAUCCUCCUCUUCCUCAUCUUCAGUUUCCAAAGCUACGCCGACCCCGUCUUUGGCCGUCAAACCAGUCGUCAAACCCGCCCCAGAACCAUUAAAACCAUCAUGCCGGGAUCUCCCAGGCGCCGACAAAGUCGUUGUCAUCGUCAAGACUGGAGCCACCGAAGCCUUCGCCAGAUUGCCACAACAGCUUUUGACUCUAGCAGAUUGCGUUCCAAAUUUCAUGGUCUUCUCCGACAUGGAGCAAGACAUGGGUGACCACCACAUCUACGAUGCUCUCGAUGAAGUGGGCAAGGAGUAUAAAGACAACCAUGACGACUUCAAAUUCUACAACCAAGUGCGUCAAUCACACCUCACCCAUGGCGAUGUUAGCCUACUGGGUUCAGAAAAGGGCUGGAACCUGGACAAGUGGAAGAACAUCCCCAUGCUACACAAGGCAUAUACCAAAUAUCCAAAGGCUGACUGGUUCAUGACCAUUGAUGCCGAUACCUACCUUGGAUGGUCCAACCUACUCCUCAUGUUGGCUCAAAUGGACCCAAACAAGCCUGUCUAUUCUGGCUGUGUCUAUUGGCACGGCCCCACUUCCUUUGCUCAAGGAGGGACUGGCUAUCUUUUGUCCCGUGCCGCUGUCAAGAAAUUCGAAAAGGUCCGCACCAAGGAGAAGAUUGCCGAUUGGGAAAAGGAAACCUCGACAAUUUGCUGUGGGGAUGUCAUGCUCGGAGUCGCCAUGAAACACGCUGGUGUCGAAGUCACUGGAGCAUGGCCUAUGUUCCAGAUAGAUCCUCCCUCAAAAAUGACCUGGACAGACCGCUACUGGUGCACCCCUGCCAUUACAUGGCAUCACUCACCAACUUACGAAGUCGAGGCUUUGUGGGACUUUGAACAGGACUGGCUAAACAAGACAUCAAAUGGCAAAAAGUAUGGCUCUGUUCCGUACUUGUAUCGAGAUGCAUUCGAAUACUUUGCAGCCCCUACCAUCGCCAAAGAGAAGAAAGACUGGGAUAACUUAUCCGGUGAUAAAAUCUUCACGAAACCUGUCGAGGAUCACGUCAAGGAAAACCGCGACUGGGAUGGUAAAAAUGACGAAGAGAAACAAAAAAUGUGGGAUGAGCUGUCUGACCUCCAGAAAGCCGCUGCGGGUUCUAUUAAAAAAUGCAAGGAAGCCUGUGCCGAAGACACUGAGUGCAUACAAUGGUCCUUCCACCCUGGCACGUGCCAAUUGCAGAAGACAAUCAAAUUAGGCCACUCAACUGAUGGAGAACUCGAGACCACUUCCGGAUGGAUGCUUGAUCGGAUCAAUGAGUUCAAAAAGGACAGGAAAGACUGCAAGCCCAAGUGGGAGAUUCCUAAAUGAGCCUCCUGCCAGUCCAUGGCUUUUCACGACACGUUACGAAAUAACGACCUGAGCUUUUCUACUUCCUAAAUAUUAAGACACGACACUCAACAUUCGUCUGAACCCAGUGUUUUGUCA